AUGGGCGAAUACGUCGACAGUCGCAAUGCUUCCGAUGAACUUUGGAGACACGAUGCUCCUGGCCAUACGCCAAUGUGGCAGUUCAUCCAGCAGGUGAACAAGAAGCAUGCAUUGAGUAUCGAUGGGUACCCCGGACUGUACCAAUGGUCAGUCGACAACGUGUCUGCCUUUUGGGAAGAGGUCUGGGACUUUGUUGGCAUCGUGGCUUCCAUAAAGGCCGACAAGGCUCUGCCCGAGAAUGCGCCCAUGUACCCUCGCCCCGACUUCUUCGCAUCCGCUCGCCUCAACUUUGCCGAGAACCUCCUCUUCUGCCCGACUUCGCCCAUCGACCCGGACAGUGUUGCCGUCAUCACCGCCACAGAGCUGCCGGGAGACAUCAAGCCAACCACGUGGCGCCAGCUGCGUGAAUCUGUGCGGCAAUGCUCCAAUGCCCUGCGCGGCGCCGGCCUAAAAUCUGGAGAUGUUGUUGCCGGCUACGUGUCCAACCACGUGGAGGCUGUCGUCGCCAUGUUGGCCGCUGCAUCCAUCGGUGCCAUCUGGACUGGCAUCAGCCCGGAUAAUGGCGUCUCCGCCGUACUAGAUCGUCUUGCCCAGAUCCGCCCAAAGGUCUUGUUUGCCGACAACGGCACCGUCUACAAUGGCAAGGAGUGGCCAAGUACCUCCAAGACGAGCGAGAUUGCCGCGGCACUAAAGGGCGUUGGUCUAGAUCUGGUCGUCGUUAUUGACAAUAUCAGCGCCCAUCUCGGCAUCGAACAUGUCCAGUCCCAGGGCGUCAAGGCCCUCGAUUACAAGUCCUUCCUCAGAGACGCGCCCGCAGACCCCAUCAAGUUUGAGCAAUUGCCGCCCUCGCAUCCCCUCUACGUUCUGUACUCUAGUGGAACCACUGGGCUGCCCAAGGCUAUUGUUCACACUGCGCUAGGUACUCUCCUUCAGCAUAAGAAGGAGCACAUGCUACACUGCUCCAUGACUGCCGCCUCGCGCAUGCUGUACUACACCACAACUUCAUGGAUGAUGUGGCACUGGAGUGUCGGUGCCCUGGCAGUUGGCACUACUCUGGUGCUCUACUCUGGAUCCCCCUUCCGCCCGAGCUCGCACAUGUCGCUCCCCAACCUCCUCUCUCAGCUCAGAGUGACCCAUUUUGGUACGUCUGCUGCGUAUCUCACAGCGUUGGAGGCCAACAACGUUCGCCCCGUUGAAGACACAAGCCUUGACUUGUCAUGCUUGGAGGCAAUCUAUUCUACUGCGUCACCUCUACCCCCGUCCACCUUUAGAUUCGUGUACGAGGCAUUCCCGAAGACGGUCAAUCUGGCCUCCAUUACUGGUGGCACUGAUAUUAUUUCCCUCUUUGGCGCCCCAUGUCCUCUGCUGCCAGUCAGAGUUGGUCAGAUUCAAUGUGCUGGUCUGGGAAUGGACAUUCGUGUGGUGGACUCCAUUUCAGGAGAGGACAUGCCACCGGGAGAGCAGGGCGAUUUGGUCUGUGUGAAACCAUUUCCCUGCCAACCGUUGACCUUCUUCGGUGCCAAUGGCCAGACCAAGUACAAGUCGGCCUACUUUGAGCGGUUUGAAAAUGUCUGCGGCGUCAAAGGCCCCGUCUGGCACCAUGGAGAUUUUGUCAAGAUUCCCGAUCCGGCUACCGGAAGUCUGGUCAUGCUGGGCCGAUCCGAUGGUGUUUUGAAGCCUGCCGGCGUUCGGUUCGGUUCUGCAGAAAUCUACAACAUCCUCACUCGAUUCUUCGCCGCACAUGUUGAAGAUGCCGUUUGUGUUGGCCGCAGAAGGGAAACGGACAGGGACGAGACGGUGUGCCUUUUUGUUGUCAUGGUUCCUGGCAAGGCUUUCAGCGAAGACCUGAAAACUCAAAUCAUGGCCAAGAUCCGGUCUGAGCUCAGUCCUCGGCAUGUUCCAGCGGUAGUGGAGGAGUGUGGUGCCGGAAUUCCCAAGACUGGCAACGGCAAGAAGUAA